AUGGGGCCCGGGGCCAGUGGGUCCUUCGACUUGGGAUCGACCCUGGCGGGGGGCAGGGUCGCAUCCCCCAACUCCAGCUGCAGGGAGGACCCAGAGGAGCUGGACAAGUGGGCUGGGGAAAGUGUUCAGCCUGCUGUCAGCCCACAAGGCGAGCUGCCACAGACCCUGUUCUCCAGGCCUCUCGACCACAGCACAGGAGUCCCUGGUAUCCGCUCUGUUCCCCACGCCAGCUCUGUUCCCCAUGCCAGCUCUGUUCCCCAGUCCAGCUCUGUUCCCCAAUCCAGCUCUGUUCCCCACGCUAGCUCUGUUCCCCACACCAGCUGUGUUCCUCAAUGCAGCUCUGUUCCCCACACCACCUCUGUUCCCCACACCACCUCUGUUCCCCACACCACCUCUGUUCCCCAAUGCAGCUCUGUUCCCCAAUCCAGCUCUGUUCCCCAAUCCAACUCUGUUCCCCACACCAGCUCUGUUCCCCAUGCUAGCUCUGUUCCCCACGCCAGCUCUGUUCCCCACGCCAGCUCUGUUCCCCAGGCCAGCUCUGUUCCCCACGCCACCUCUGUUCCCCACGCCAUCUCUGUUCCCCACGCCACCUCUGUUCCCCAAAGCAGCUCUGUUCCCCAAUGCAGCUCUGUUCCCCACACCAGCUCUGUUCCCCAAUGCAGCUCUGUUCCCCAUGCUAGCUCUGUUCCCCAAAGCAGCUCUGUUCCCCAAUCCAGCUCUGUUCCCCAAUGCAGCUCUGUUCCCCACACCAGCUCUGUUCCCCAAUCCAGCUCUGUUCCCCACACUAGCUCUGUUCCCCAAAGCAGCUCUGUCCCCCAGUGCAGCUCUGUUCCCCACCCCAGCUCUGUUCCCCACGCUAGCUCUGUUCCCCAAAGCAGCUCUGUUCCCCAAUCCAGCUUUGUUCCCCAAUCCAGCGCUGUUCCCCACACCAGCUCUGUUCCCCAAUCCAGCUCUGUUCCCCAGUGCAGCUCUAUUCCCCAUGCCAGCUCUGUUCCCCAAUCCAAAACCGCGGGCAAGCAGUGCUCCCAGCUGCCCCCUCCGCCUGUGCCCAAGCCCCGCGCUGCCCUGGGGUCCCGUGCCGGCUCUCUAGACAGAAGGAACAACGAGCCCGGGGGGACUGGCCCUUCCAGCCUCCAAGGCUGGGACAGUAAAUGCCUGCUGUGUGAGCCGCCGAGGCGCAGCUCUGCGCUGCAGGAGCUCCAGCAAGCCGGCGAACACGCUCCGUAG